CCACUGGCCAGCGAGUGUGGGAAAGCUAAUCCUGACUGGGACUCAUGGCUUUGUAAUGCUAAUGAGCUCCUAUAAAUAGAGGAGUGGGACCUUCGUUCUCAACACAACUGACUUGAUUCUCCUCUGAGAAACAUCACUGCUGUUGAAAGAAUGGCUCCCACUUACACUACAGACUACUCCAAUCUUUCCAACAAGGACAAACAUAAAUUAAGAAAACCUGUCGUUGAGAAAAUGCGCAGAGAUCGCAUCAACAACUGCAUCGAGCAGCUCAAAACAAUGCUGGAGAAGGAGUUUCACCAGCAAGACCCAAACACCAAGCUGGAGAAAGCUGAUAUUCUGGAGAUGACGGUGGUCUUCCUGAAACAGCAGAUGCAGACCAAGACCUCAGCUCCACAGAAAGCUCACAUUGACGGCUAUUCCCAGUGCUGGAGAGAGACCAUGAACUAUCUGUCUGUCAACUCCAAGGUGGACGCCGUCCGUCAACAUCUGAACCGCUGCCAUGAAGCCCAGAGAUCAGCAAAAGAUCUCAAUCUGCUGUCUCCCGUCUCCUAUCAGCCCAAAGUGAAACAGGAACCAUGUUCUCACAAACCUGUCUGGAGACCUUGGUAGACACCAAGCCGAAAGACUUUCACAUUGAAACUAGAUGGUGGUUGACCAUCUCUUAUGUUGUAGGAGAUUUUUCCUUUUAAUUUUUUAUAUGCAUUUAUUUUGAAAAUGUAUUUAUGGCAGCUACUUCACAUUCUGAAGGAAAUGUUAGUUUGCAAUGCAAGUCUUCUGUAUAUGAUGUUGCAGGAGGUAUAUUGUAUCAUCUCUCUUUGUUAUAAGUUAUCUUCACAAUGAAGAGUCAAUGGAUGUGUGUCUGACUCCUAUGGAGUUUGCAAUGUUUGCUCAAUGCUUUAAUGCAUAUUGUUGUGCCUUCUUUUGA